AUGAAUGGGAAAGGAAAAGUGAAGAAAGGGGGAGAGAAAUUAAAAGGGAAAGGAAGGGAAAGAGAAAGGAGAAGGGAAAGGGAAAGGAAAAGGAAAAGCAAAAGGAAAAGAGAAGAUAGGGGAAGAAAAAGGGAAAAAAGGGGGAAAUGGAAAGAAAAGAAAAGAAAAGAAAAGAAAAGAAGAGAAAAGAAAAGAAAAGAAAAGAAAAGAAAAGAAAAGAAAAGAAAAGAAAAGAAAAGAAAAGAAAAGAAAAGAAAAGAAAAGAAAAGAAAAGAAAAGAAAAGAAAAGAAAAGAAAAGAAAAGAAAAGAAAAGAAAAGAAAAGAAAAGAAAAGAAAAGAAAAGAAAAGAAAGAAAUAAAAAAGGGGGGAAAAGUGGAAAGGGAAAGAAAUGUGGAAAGGGAAAGAAAUGUGGAAAGGGAAAUAAAGGUAGAAAGGGAAAGUAUGGAAAGGGGGAAAAAAGGGGAAAGCACAGGAAAGGGGAAAGGAAAAGAAAAGAAAAGAAAAGAAAAGAAAAGAAAAGAAAAGAAAAGAAAAGAAAAGAAAAGAAAAGAAAAGAAAAGAAAAGAAAAGAAAAGAAAAGAAAAGAAAAGAAAAGAAAAGAAAAGAAAAGAAAAGAAAAGAAAAGAAAAGAAAAGAAAAGAAAAGAAAAGAAAAGAAAAGAAAAGAAAAGAAAAGAAAAGAAAAGAAAAGAAAAGAAAAGAAAAGAAAAGAAAAGAAAGAAAAGGGAAAGGAAAAAGAAAAAGAAAAAGAGGGAAAAAAAGAAAAAAGGGGAAAGAAAAGGAGAAGAAAAAAAUGAAAAGGGAAGGAAAGAGGAGAAGGUAGGAAAAAGAAUAAGAGAAAGAAAAAGGGAAAGGGAGAGAAAAGGGGAAAAGAUAUAG